CAAUCAGGUCGUCAUUGAAUACGCAGUGCAGUGUAUGAGUAAAACGAACUGAGUACAGUAGUGUUAUGUGGAAAAAGCUACAACAUAACAAAAUAUUUCGUGAACACAAAAAAAUAUGAAAUUAUACUACACAAUGGAUAAAAUUAUAUUGACCUCUUCGUAUUUUUUAGUCUUACUAAUCACAGGAUUCUGCCAAAAUAAUGAAGUUGGUGAACCUUGCGAAACAAAAAUCUAUAACGGAACAUGUGUUAUAUUACAAAACUGCAUUUCAGCUAUGGCUUUGGUACAGAUCAGAGAUAUCAAAACCUUAAGGAUCUUAUUAUGUGGAUUCAGUGACAAACAACCUAAGGUUUGCUGUCCUGCAUCAGGAAAUACUAUAACAUUCAAUAAUAAAACCGAUGAAACUGCGACAAGUAGACCUAAAAAGCCUGAAACGAAAUUGGACGAAUUGACAACGAAGAUUCCAGAAACAUAUACAGAUCCAUUUCCAGAUCGAAAAGUUUGUGGUCAAGAGAAAGCGACUGAUAAAAUCGUUGGUGGAACUAUCGCCGAUCUUGAUGAGUUUCCUUGGAUAGCCCGCAUCAGUUACUCAAGUGAUAUGGAAAACAAAUUAAUUUUCGCUUGUUCAGCAUCGCUUAUUACGGAUCGUUAUCUUGUAACUGCUGCUCAUUGCGUCCAAAGUGGCAAACCGUUGAUUCCGGUAAGCGUGCGUUUAGGUGAAUGGGACGAACAAACAGAAAAAGAUUGUAACGAUGAUGAUUGUAACGAUUCUCCACCGGUUGAUAUCAAAAUAAGUAAAAUCAUAUCUCAUCCAAACUUCAGCAAAGAUAAUGUAACGCAUGAUGACAUAGCUUUGAUACAAUUAGAGAAACCAGUCAAAUUUACAAAUUUUAUUCAGCCAGUAUGUUUACCUACUACCGAAUAUAUCAUGAUGCAAGACUAUGUGCAUGAAAGCUCUUACUGGGUAGCAGGCUGGGGCUUGACAGAAUUCGGAUCCACAUCGCCUAUUAAACGUAAAGUGAAGUUGGAAGCUGUACCCUCAAAUACAUGUAAGGGAAUAUUAAAAAACUUCCCGGAAACAUCAUUUCCAAAGUUGAUAUGUGCUGGUGGUAGACAGGGAAUGGACAGCUGUAAAGGUGAUUCCGGUGGACCACUAGUUAGAGAAGUUAUGGAAAAUUACCAAAACAAUUGGUACCUGUUUGGAAUUACUAGUGUUGGUGCCACCAAAUGUGGUACUGAAGGUAUACCUGGAGUGUACACGAGGGUCAGCAGAUACAUGGAUUGGAUAAGAGAAAUUGUUGCUACUUGAGUACAAAAUGAAGUGUCAAGCGAGUUGACAUAGAUUUACAGCCAAUAAUAUAGAUAAUGACAGGAGUAACAAUUUAGAAACUACUUUGACCUUGAAUUGACAUGCUAUUAUUGAGAUAUAAAUAUUUGUGGU